CUAAGCUUUAGGCAGAGGCAGAUUCCGCUGCAACGCGCACGCCCACGGUGUCGCUUCUCGUCCUCGCCCACCAUCGCCUUUCAAAAAGCGAGGGGGGGUGGGGAUUCCUCGAGAGGGACAGCCGUGCCCGGCAGCUCCGCUCCGCCCCGCCGCCGAGAAUGUCCGACGAUGCCAGGCGCGGGGCCGGGGGCGUCGCGCAGGCGGCGCUCCGGGCCUCCUCCGAGGACCGCAAGCCGGUGGGCGCGGGGUCCCCGCCGCCGGCCGCGGCGGCGGCGGCGGCGGCGGCGUACAAGAUCCAGCUCAAGAGCGCCGACAUGAAGGAGGAGAUGCGGCAGGAGGCCUUCGAAAUCGCCCGCAUGGCGUUCGAUAGGCACACCAUGGAGAAGGACAUCGCGGAGUACAUCAAGAAGGAGUUCGACAAGAACCACGGCCCAACCUGGCACUGCAUCGUCGGCCGUAACUUCGGUUCGUAUGUAACGCAUGAAACAAACUACUUUGUGUACUUCUACAUUGAUUCUAAAGCCGUCUUGCUAUUCAAGUCUGGGUGAUUGGCACAGCUAUUGUGAUCACCCACGCAUGCCCGCGUCCUGUUACUCUCCUGUAUUGCACCCCCCCCCCCCCCCCCCCCCCCCGCCCCCCCCCCCCCCCCCUCUUUUUCUCUGAGUCGUCUGCAGCCAAGCUGGAAGGCAGUACGGCGAUAAUCUUGGGAGCCUGCAUGUGGAUGUAUCAGCGACAGAUUUUCCCUCCCUAUUCCAGCAGUGUGAGAUCAGAUUGUAUCUGUUUUGCGUCUGAUAUAUCUAGGUGUUGUGAGGACGUUGUCUUAUUACAAUAUGAUUGCCUGAAAUAUUGGACGCACCCCCUCUGAUCAGUUUGUGAUUGUUUCGGAAGCUCUUGCCCAAUGUUUGUGGUUCGGACUGUUGGUUAUAGUGGGUAACUGUAGCCCAUGUGUGGGUGAUCUGUGUCUGUAUGGGCUGUGUGUAUAUUCGAAUUCGUUCGGAUGCCUGUGGUCCGCAUGCUAA